CUAGCGCCCGCCAACCUCGCUCCCGGCUUCCGCUGGUAGGAAAUGAUGAUGUUCUUCUAUGAGCUGCUCCUGCGUUUGUUCGGGCGGCAAGAAGCCCCCGCCUCCACCGUCCAGCACAGUUCCUUCCACUGCCCCACGGCGCUGAUGAACACGACCGCCGCCAACACGUCCACUGUGCACGCCGCCCACGCUGCCCACUGCACCUCCAUCUCCUGCCCCACCGCGGUGCGGCACAAAUCCCCGGUGCAGCCCACCCCCCGUCGACAAUCGUCCUUCGCCUCCCCGCUACAAGUACCGACGCCCAUCCGGCACGUGACAAACGUGGCCGUCGCGGGCCCCGUCGGCUCCGGGAAGACCACCCUCGCGCGGGCCAUGGUGGGACUGGCCCCCCUGCCGGAGAAGAACCACGCCCCGCCCUGCGCGGAGCCCGUGGCCACCGCAUACGCCUUCCCGGGAAACCGUCUCCUCCAAAUCUGGGAUCUCCCGGGUGUCCCAGAAGGCGGGGAAGAACCCGACCUCUCCCACUACGAGUUCUUCAUCGUAACCGCGAGCUCGCGCAUGACGGACGAGGUCGUGCGCCUCGCCCGCGAGAUCGAGGCCAUGGAGAAGAAUUUCAUCUUUGUCCGCACGAAACUGGACGUUUACAUGCAGGAGACACAGCAGGAGAACUUCGAGCAGUCCCACCUCCUGAAGGAAGUUCGCAAACACUUCGGGAAGAAACUCCAAGACGUGGGAGUGCAGAACCCUCGCAUCUUCCUGCUCUCCGGAUUGCUCCCCACCGAUUACGAGUUCGCGGAAUUCAUGGAGGCCUUCAAAGAGGCGUGCUUCAGAGGGUAACGGCCAGCCUCGUAGAGACAUCGUGGCGCAAAUCACCCGCCAAUCCAACUCCCCCAAACAUGCU